CACACAUGCACUUUCACAACACACACACACUCGCACAGAGCUCCUUGCAGAGUCCCUGAUGGUGAGAGAACGACACAUGCUGCAUGAGACGAAGUGGGAUAGCAACAUUUCUCCAAACUGAAGGAGACGGAGAUGGACCCACAAUCCUUUGCUCCCAAACACUGAAGACAGACAAGAACCAGAGAAAAAGCAGAGCAGAGAUAAAGAGGAAAGAAGAAACAAAGAUUUCUCUGUCACAUGAUUUGUGGAGCUUUAACAUGGGAUGAGCUCCUGACGUCAGUGACUUAAGGAACUUCCUGUUUAUGGCCAGCUGUGCCCCAGUGUAUCCUGACUGAGAUCCUGGCCUCUGAGCUCUGACCCCCUAACCCUGGAGGGGCAGGGGGGGUCGACGGGGAGAAAAUGCGGUGUACCACCCUUGUGGCCCUGCUGGCGGGGGUUGUGCUGUACCUGGUGAUGGGAGCGCUUGUUUUCAGCACCCUGGAGCUCCCGGAGGAGAGUUCGGCGUACGAUAAACUGAUCACUACCAGGAACACCUUCCUCGAUAACAACACCUGCGUCACCGAGCUGGAGUUCCAGAAGCUUUUGAAGGGAGUGGUGUCUGCGGUGGAGGCAGGCCUGGAUGUGAACAACCAUAAUGCCAACUUUACCACGCGCUGGGACCUGGCCUCCGCCAUCUUCUUCUGUGGUACCAUCAUCACCACCAUAGGUUUUGGGAACCUGUCUCCUCGGACAUGGUACGGCCAGUUGUUCUGUGUGUGCUACGCCCUGGUUGGAAUCCCCAUGUUUGGCAUACUGCUGGCUGGAGUGGGUGACCACAUGGGCACGGUGCUGCGGAGAGCUGUGGCCAAGAUUGAGACCCUCUUCCUGAAGCGUAAGGUCAGGCCGACCACUGUGCGUGUGAUCUCAGCGGUUCUCUCCAUCCUGAUUGGUUGUCUGAUCUUCCUCGCUGUGCCGACAGUCGUGUUUCAGAAAGUGGAGGACUGGUCCUUUCUGGAGUCGCUCUACUUUGUGGUCAUCACUCUGACCACUGUUGGCUUCGGAGACUAUGUACCAGGUGGUCGUGAUGGCAGCAACUGGUUCUUCAAGCCUCUGGUGUGGUUGUGGAUAGUGUUUGGUCUCGCCUACUUUGCCUCAAUCCUCACCAUGAUAGGCAACUGGCUGAGGGUGCUGUCUAAGAGGACCCGCGCUGAGAUGGAGGAGCUGAGGGCCCACGCCACAGACUGGACCCAGAACAUCCAGAACAUGUCCAUGGACUUCCGUAUCCCAAACCCUCUGGAGUUCAACGACCCUUUCCUCCUGCAGCGCCGGCGCUGGAAACGCAGUGAGCGUCGCCGCAUCCGUCGUGGAGCCCAGGGCACUCUGGGAUACUUGGUUCGAGGAGGAUCUGAGAAUGGACACCUGCCGAACCGCUGGGCCGGCCUCUCCAGCUCCAUGAGCCAACUGGAGACCCAUUCGUCUCUUGAGAGGGCGGCGGUGGUGAAGGUCAUGCCACUGGUCAGUGCUGCUGGAGUUGGAACAGUCCCGAGAGCAGGGCCUGCAUUGAGGGUUGACCCCGCUGUGGGUCUGCAGGCGGACGCCAGGUCGUUUCCUCACCUGCUGGGCCGCUCAUUCUCCCUCCCUGUGGCCCACUCCAACUUGGAGCUGAACUCAGCAGGUGCAGCCAUGCAUGGAGGAUCCCCCUCUGGAUCCGAGUCUCCUUUUGACUCCAGAUCAGAUAUGUCCUCAGUCUCCUCGUCCUUUAUGGCGCUCCACAAGUACCAGCCCUGCCAUACAGUUGGCAGCAUGGAGGAGGGAAGAGCGAGGGCCGCAGACAUGAACACAGCACAAGAAACAGACAAACUGAUUCUAGCACAGAAAUGUAUCUCUGUAGACAAAAGCCAUGGCUUCGCACCUGCUCCUGGUUUGCAUGCCCGCUUCCACCGUCCUCCCCCUUCCUGUCCUCUUCCUCGCCACUCAAUCGUCCUUCCCUCCCCUCCCCUCCACGCUGCCUCGUCACCCAGCUGCCAGCUGCUGGAUUUCUUCGGAGAGAACCUGGCGUACAUCGACGAGUCCUCAGACACUCUGAGCGACCGGGCCCAAGCAGGAGCAAACGAGGAGAGGAAGAGACGGCCGCGAAAGCCAAAGAGGAGGAGCAUGAGGAGGCAGCUGCCACACAGGUGGAGCCCCCUGCAGGUGAGAAGGCUCAGCAGUGAUAUGCAGCCACCAUCGAAUCCCCCCACACCACCUCCUGAAUCCUCUGUUUCAGAUGGACCCCAAGAAAACCGGGCAGGUUCGACUCCAACACUCUGACAGCACCCACACUCAGAACACGGUGCCAAAGUCAAGAUGUGACAUAAAGCUGCAGGUUUAUAACAGACGUCACACUCCAACUACUUAGAACAUACAGAACAUACCACAUGCACAUUUCACCAUGAUGGAUAUCACUAAUCAUCCAGGAUAUUUUUAGUAUUUAAGGUUAGCCUCACAAAGUCAGCCCACAAGUUUUGCUUUGUUACUUUGUGACUUGACAAAGCUACAUGGACAUUUGUUCAGGACAGGAAAUCCUUCAUGAGGGCUGUAAUACGUACAUGAUUGACCACUGCUUCCCUCAAACAAGAGGACGAAGAGACAUGAACCUAAUGUAUGUCUGAAUAACUGCAUGAUUCACUGGGCUGUCACUGGUUUUUGCUUCUGAUUCUCAAACAGUAAACACGACAAAGGCCUAAUCCCAUUUCAUAGUUUAACCCCUGCCCCUUGUUUUUGAGUGCCACCUUGCCCCUUGAAACAGAGCUGCGAGGGAAAGUGGUUAAAACUUACUCAGUGAAAAGGGACAACCCUUCAACACCCUGAUAAGUCACUAAGAGUCAUCCAUGUUUGUGUUUUGGUAAACAGACAUGAAACGAGUGUUGCUUUCUCUUGCAUGGGCUACAGGCAUCCUUCUGCGGUUGUGAGGACGCUCACAAUUUGUUCAAGUUUUACGCUAUCAGUCGAUCAAACAAGUCAUCAAAUAACAAAGAACACCACCUCAUUACCGGGCCACUAGCAGUGCUCCGUAGGCUAACGUUAGCAACCCAUGCUCCCAUCCAGCCAGUCUGCACUAAUAGAGGAGGAGAAACAGGUGCAGCAAUUUUACUGUUGGACUCGGUAACUAUCUCCAGUUACCAAAGAGUAUCAGUGUAAGUUCUUGACAGUUACUAUCAGGUGGUAGUCAUCCAAAAUUCAUAGAACCUUAGUCACAUCUGUAACUCUCUUGGUUUGUUGUGUUUCUCAUCUUGGCUGGCACCAACUGAUAUAUGGCAUAUUUUGCAGACUGUCUUAAGCCACGCUUUGUCGCUGCUGACUUCUAUAUUAUUGAUGUGGUGUUAGUGUUUUGUCAACAAUUUCUUCAACUUUGGGGGAUGACGCGAGUUCGCUUUCAGCACUGAAGCUUAACAAGCUCCGUGGCAAUGUAAAACUAACUGGGUGUGGAUUAAAGGUCCAGUGUGUGGGAUUUAGGGGGAUAUAUUGGCAGACUUAGAAUACAAUAUUCAUAACUGUUUUCUUUAGUGUUUAAAAGUCACCUAAAAAUAAUAAUCACUUUGUUUUGUUACCUCAGAAGGAGACGUUACAUAGGGAGCGGGUCUUUGUUUAUGGAAUAUGAAAUGUUGCAUUCGUGUUUUUGCGUUUUCGCACCAUAAUUAGCAACCCCUCCAUGACAGACACUUGGAAAAACGCUGAUUUUUUAAAUGUGAAACUGCUUUGUUCAGUGUUUUUAGCAGUUUAAAUCACCUGGUCCAUUUUUUUUGGAGAGGAGGAGACCUCUGCGGAUAAUUCAGCUACCAGUAAAAACCUCCUGAACAAUAAACACUAAAGGAAUUCUAACCUAGAGAAGUUUCAGCUGGUUGCAAUCUGCAGCCCUCACAGCUAAAUGCCACUAAAUCCCCCAAAAUCUUGCAGACUGGACAUUUUAAAGGAAGCAGCAAAUUACUGCUCUCCAUGUAGUGAGAGUGGAGCAUAGCCCUUCCUUCCUACAAACAGGCAGCGACACUGAGUGUAGAGGCAGAGGAGAGAGAGACUGUCAGAACUUUUCAUAUCAUGGAAAAAUUCCAAAGUAUAUGAUCGCUAUCAUCAGCAGUUUUAUCGCAAUCACCUAUUGACAUUGUUUUAUCAGCCAGCCCUGCUGUGUCCUGUGUUGUUGGUAGUAGCUAUGGAAAUUGAUCCGCUUGUCUUCACAGUGCCAACAGCAAUACCACUGUGAAACGCUAGAGGGAGGGUUGAUAAGUUGUCUGUUUCCACUUGAAAGAGAGGGAUAACAAGGCCUUUCAAAUGAGGGAAUUAUCCUUCCUUUUAAAAAUCAACCACACCUGGUGCGUAAACAGUUGGUCACAAGUUUCACUGGUUUUAAGAGGCUUUAAGUCUCAUCAUUAUCCAGACAUCAUUACACAUAAUUAUCUACUUUGUUGAUCUGUGUUUCAGCCGCUGAGCUCAAUCAAUUCUCAACAGGCGUUUUCAGCAUUAACUCUAAGAUUUAAGUUGGCUUUGUGAGGCGAACUGUUGGCGACUGACUAAUAGCUUUAAAUUCAGUGCAGGGCGUUAUAGCGUAGGUGGGCCACCUCGCUUGAAACCAAUUAGAAAAUAUAUCACACUUUUACGAAAUACAACAUCAAAAGGGAAAAAGACCAGAGAAUGAGAGCAGUUUUUUACACAGCAAAUGACACUUAUUUUAAAAAGUGUGACUUGUUUAGGACGUCUUCUACAAACAAAAUUGAUCACAAGGAACAAUGUACCAGGAUCUGGGUGGCUUACCACCUCGGUUAAAAAAAUCCCCGGGGGGAAAAACCCUGUAGUGGGUGGAAAACUUAAACCACAACAACAGUACUUUAUCAUCGCAGCACCGCAGGGUCAUCAUUCACCCUCAGACCACUGAGUGACGCUGUCAUACAAGCAAACCAUCAUCAAGAUUUGAACUAUUUGAGGGAUGAAGCCGGAAGUAUACACUGCUGCUGAAUGUUUUUAAGGGUUAAAAAGGGUAAAAGUCUGAAGUUACUGUCCACUGCUGUGUGUUAAAUCUUUCUGUGCUCACCUUGGAUAUAAAUGUACAGACUGCUGUUAAGCAAUGCUGACAUUACUUUUAGGAAUGUGGUGUUUACCAGCUAUACGAUCAAGUGUCCUUAAAUCACUUGUGGUUCUGCUUGUGACCACUUUUCCUCUGGGGCGAAACUGUUUGUUAGCAUUAUUUUUAAAGACCCCUCUGCAACAUAAAUAACUGUGCAGGUUUGUCAACCUGUGUCUUCACCUUUCCAGUACUGUAGCAUCUGUCCUCAGUUGAACCCUGUUAGAUGCCUCAUAAUGUCAUAAAGUGACACAUUAAAGUGAUGACUACCAGACUUCUCGUAACACACACUGCUGUCUGACAUUAACCUAACAAGGCUCGCCUGUGCAGAUGCCUUUGAUGUUGUUGGGUUUUUUUUAAUAUCACUGUGAUGGCUUUCAGUAGCAUGCCAAGAAACAAUGUGCCGACAAAGGCAGCGAAAGAGAAGACUGUAAACUAGUAAACAUGGACCAGAAAACUUAUGUAUUCAACAUGUUUGUGAGAUCAAGGCUGAAAAAUGAAGCCAACAUGGAAGUUCAAGAAACUGCAGUUCCUCUAAUGGCCACUUGAGGCUGGCUCCAGAUGCCAGUCUAUCCUCCUCGACCCCCAUGUUAAAAAACUUAACAGCAGAAAUAAACAUGUUUACAGCUUGGUACAAAAAAAUGUUUGGUUUCUAUAGCUAAUUUCUUCAUGCAUGACAACUGUAUGGGGAGUGAUUUUUUUUAACUCACCCAUUCACAUUCAUUAAGGUUACGUCAUUAGAGCUGAGAAUGUGUUUCUGGUUUACCAUACCUCCUUUAUAUCAUAUAAAAAAAUGAAUGCCAUGUGUAGACGAG